AUGAAAGAUUCGCGAUCCAGCUCCUACGUAAUUCGCGAAGCGAUCUUGAAGUUCUACGACGACAAGAAAUUAUGGCCACGUGGGAUUACUUCUGCUAUGGAGUGUAUUCAGGUUUUGGAUCGCUUGCCUUCGGCCCUGGCACCUGCACCAGUUCCGCUCAUCACCGAGCAGUAUGCGAAGGCAAUGAAGGACUGUGCUGAUGAUGAUGAUGAUGAUGAUGAAUGCGAUGAAGAGGCCAAUGUGGCCUCCGCCUCUGAGCUGAAAGAUGCUGUUGAGGAUAAGUCGAUGUGCACCCCCCCGAAGCAGCCAGCUGGAUAUCGCUUCAAAGUGGAGAUCGUGAACAAGGAAGCAAAGCGUAAAGCUAAGAAUCCCACGAGCAAGAAGCCCGAAAAGGCCGCUAGCGAUCCCGAAGCUCCUGACCAUCACUAUGGUGAUUACUUGCCGAAAGACUUCUGCAAGAAGGGAAAGGAAUUUAGGGACAGGGCUAAGGCUGACGGCCAUAGUCCGAAAGAGGCCCUCCGAAUGUGGAUGGAGAGCGAAGAACGAGCAUCGAUUCUGGCAGAUGUUCCGCUCAACGAGCUUAAAAGACGGAAAUUCGUCCCUAAGGGAUGUGAUCAGAAUCCUUUCGCUCGCAAUGCGCGCCUUCGUGGAGCUUCUGUGGAUAUCGUGAAUGAUCAGGUGCUAAUGGACCUGCUCACGCCGGAUUUGAUUGAUACGAUCACGGAGAAGGCGGGCUUCAUGUCGAGGGAGGAAAUGGGUCAGUUUAUGCAGAAGACGGCUGUGCAUUUUGUCGACAUCCAUGGUGUGAAGCGCCACACGGGCAAGCCCAAAGCGCUCCAAAAGUCCCAGGAGUACACCAAAGAGUUCGGAGACUUCCUGGCGAAGUAUUUCGUCGAUGUGAUGCAGGCUGAAAUGCCCAAUAUUAUCGGCUACCUCAAUGCCAAGCAUGUGCAGCCUCCAGGGCAAUGGGAAACCUGGCCGGGGAGGAGUUUAAGGCUUUCACGUUGGUCUGGUUCGAUUUCGCAAUCUCUCUCGAUCUCUCUCUCUCUCUCUCGAUCCCUCUCUAUAUCUCUAGAAACCGAGCUUUGUCUCUCUCUUUAA